AUGACAAGCAGACCCGAUGGCAUUCUCAUGUUAUCAGCAGGUGUAUUGCUUGAGUAUGCGACAGCUCAGAAUACUACCAUCAACUUGGUAGCUUUGAUAGCUUGUUCAGCAUGCUACAUAGCAUGUUAUGCUAUAAUUCGUGAUCCAAAACACAACUACAAGGUACGCAAAAGUUUGAAAAUCGUCGUACAUCACUAAUG